AUGUCAUCACCCAAGACACUCUCACACGCAGAUUAUAGCGUCGCAUGGAUCUGCGCUCUGCCGCUAGAAAGAGCUGCCUCCACAUCCAUGCUGGACGAAGAACAUGCCAGGUUACCACAGGCUUCAAAUGAUCCCAACAGCUAUACUCUGGGAGAGGUUUGUGGUCAUAAUGUGGUGGUCGCCUGCCUUCCAGCUGGGAUAUAUGGUACGCUGUCAGCAGCCGCAAUCGCCAUACAGAUGCGGUGCACAUUCUUUGCCAUCCGGUUUGCUAUGAUGGUUGGAAUUGGUGGCGGAGUACCAAACAAAAAGGCGGAUAUCAGACUAGGUGAUGUGGUGGUUAGUAAGCCAACCGGCACUUCUGGUGGAGUGGUGCAAUAUGACUAUGGCAAGACUAUAAGCGGCGGCCAGUUUGAAAGAAUCGGAGCGCUAGAUAAGCCGCCACAAGCCCUCCUGAUCGGAGUUAACUCCUUGGAAUCAAGCUAUAUGGUCGGAAAGAGGAAUCUCUGCGAGAUUAUAUCGAACACACUGGAACGAAACCCUAAGAUGAAAACUAGCUUUGCCAGCCCUGGUCCGCACCACGAUUUGCUCUUCAAUGCGAAUUAUGAUCACAAGGGGUCUGAAGAUACCUGCGCCAAUUGUUCUCGCGAUCAACUUGUCAGCCGAGCACAGCGGUCCUUCAAUGAACCCCAAGUUCACUAUGGUCUCAUUGCAUCAGGAAAUCAGGUGAUGAAAGAUGGCAAAACGCGAGACCGACUUGCAAAAGAGCUCGGGAUUCUCUGUUUCGAAAUGGAAGCAGCUGGAUUGAUGGAUCAAAUACCCUGCCUAGUCAUUCGAGGCAUCUGUGACUAUUCAGACUCUCACAAAAACAAUCAUUGGCAACGAUAUGCAGGAUUGACAGCGGCAGCUUAUGCGAAGCAGCUUCUUUCAGUCAUCACUCCUGACAAAAGCAGGAAUACUGAGAUGUUACACGGUAAUAUCCUCCUACACGAUGGCAUUUCAUGGUGGAAAGAGGACGCUGAUAUUAGUAGACCAAAGCAAUAG